AUGAUCCCUGAUGGCUGCCUCAUGCUUGAGAUCCUGAGGACCGCGACACAGGAGGAGGACGACUAUGAGCCGGAUGACCCUAUAUUUCACACCCGCAGGAUGCUUUACAUCAUGCCAUACAUAUGGCCAGACAUGCUGAUGCUGGAGAACCAGCUGCGAGUGCUAGUGCUGGAUUGGCUAGUUGCCGUCGAGGAUGAUGGCAAGAAGUACAUCUUGUUGAUGACAAAUGGACCUCACAGGGGAUCCAUCAAAUCGAAUGCUCCAAUCCUGUCGGAUGCAUGGUUCAAGAUCAACCGAGAAUUUGAUUACUAUUAUCGGAAAUUCCUUCUUUACUAUCGAUACGACAACAAUCUCACAUUCAAACGCAGUGACUUCGCACCAACAACUCAGGAUGACGUGUACAUCAGCAAGCUCAUCCUCAAUUACUGCUCCGCUAGCAAGGACACCGCAAAUAAAGGCAAAUGCCUGAAUGUCCUGGACGUUGUCAGGAAGAGCCUACUUCUCCGUGAGAAGCCGAAGCUGGACAAGCAUGGGAUCUGGUUCAAGAAGAGCAAGACCGGCAGCCUCACAGACAUCUCCUUUGCUGGCGGGGUCCUGAGCCUCCCUGAGAUCGUGGUGGAAGAAGCAACUGAGUCCAUGUUCCUCAGCCUCAUUGCAUUUGAGCGCUUCCACGUCAGGACCAGGAACGAGGUCACGUCCAACAUCUACUUCAUGGACUACAUCAUCGACAAUGAGUGCGACGUCGCACUUCUUUACAACUUGGGCAUAGUCCUGACUGUCCUGGGGGACGACAAGGAAACCAUGGAGCUGUUCCACUUGCUGGCCAAGUACACAACAAUUGAACCCAACAACAGUCUCAUUGCCGUCUGCAAUAAGGUCAACGAGUACUGCAAUAAGCCCUGGAACAAGUGGAGGUCUAAUUUCAUCGAGACCUACUUCAGAGGUCCUUGGGCUUUAUGGUCUUUCAUGGCCGCCAUCUUCCUCUGCGCCCUCGCUAUAAUUCAGACCAUAUAUUUAGUGCUCAGAACCCACUCUUUGCCUCUCUACUUCUUCAUUUUUGUCCAAUCGUGUGAAGGAUGA